GCUGGGAGUGUGUGAGUGUGUGUGAGUGUGUGUGUGCACUGAGCGGGCACCUAGCUAUGGGUCCAUCACAUGAGGAGCUCCGGACUAUCACACACCCCGGGAACUGCCUUUUACUAUGUGCUUAGUCAUUGAAUGGGAGAGCAGGCUGAGGGACCUGACUGGGAGUAGUCCAUUACAUGUCUUCUGUACGACACACUGCAACUGGGAGCUGUGCAGAUACAGGUUCCAAUGAAAGGAUAGAGGAAUGGCUGCUGAGAACAGAGAUUCAAUAUCUUGGUAUCAGAAGAAAAUUGGAGCAUAUGACCAACAAAUAUCGGAAAAAUUAGUAGAACAGAAGGAGAUAAAAGUUAAGGGUUUUAAGAACAAACCAAAGAAGAUGUUUCAUAUGAAAUCUGACUUGAUUGAUGUGGAUCUGGUCAGAGGAUCAACAUUUGCCAAAGCUAAACCUGAAAGCCCAUGGACAUCUUUAACUCGGAAAGGUCUUGUUAGAGUUGUAUUAUUUCCAUUGUUCAGCCGAUGGUGGAUGAGAGUUACCAGCCCUGGAGUUUUCACUUGGCUGUUGGCGCUUUACAUCAUGCAAGUGAUCUCGAUAGUGCUUUAUUGCUUUGUGCCUGUGGCAAGUGUGAGUGAGCAAGCUGGUCCAAUGUGCCUUAUGCUGCUUCUAGGAACAGUUCAUUGUCAGAUUGUAUCUACAAAGAGCAGUAGAGUAUCUGGAUCAAGCAGAGGAAAAAGACAGAGACGGUUUCAGAAAUGUCCAAACACGGAUGACAAAAAAGAAUUCACUAGGCCAUUUAAGACACCAUCUUCUAGUAAUCCACUGAAGUCCCUACUGUCUGAUAGGAUAGAAAGUGAAGGGAAAUCACACCAAUGGGACAUAGACGGCAAAAAAAAAGGUUUACCCAUGGACUACCCAGGAAUGUCAGCUAAGCUCAUAAGGGUCAACAGAAAAAUUCUACCUAGGAAAACUUGCACAAUAAACCAGAAUCCGCUGUGUGAAAAUGUUGGAAGAAGGGGAGCUGAUGCUUGUAUGUGUGAAUCAUACUGCUUACUGUGCAGGCCUGUAGUAACAACUGGAAGAAAGAUUCUGGGUGAAAUGAGACAAGAUGCUAAUGAGAUUUCAGAAGAUUUGUCAAGCGGAGAUACAGACACAAGGCAUGAAUUCUUGUCUCCGCGGAGUGUAGAGGGGGCAUCAAGUGAUAAUGGAUGCACUUUAACAAGGAGGCACGUGAAUUCAUCUGUCAACAAGAGAUCCCAGGUUACUCAUCUUUACAGAUUUUUCAAGCUUUUUUCCUUUAUAAUUUUCUUAGAAAGGCAACAGAGGAAAACAGACAUCCCAACACAUCUCAAGAGUCAGGACAGCUCAGAGGAUUCAGAGGAAGAAUCUAUCUUUAGCCAGGGCUCUAGGUCUGGUGUAAGCUGCAGUUCCCGCAGUUACAUAGUCUCUCAUCAGGACUCUGAAAGCACUCGGCAAGGCUCAGAGACAGACGAUAUGCUUUUGGAUGACUUGCUGCAUGGACCCCAGUGUGGAUCGUCCUGUGAGAGUGACACUGAUGAGGACCUCUCCCAAUCCAAUGCAGGAGAUAAUAGGAGCUCUCCAUCAAAGGAUGUCUUUCAACUGAACCAUCUGUUUUGGCUACAAGGUACAAGUCCCACUUCUGAGAGAGUAAGUGCAAUCAUAUGGGAAAAGAAUGAGUGUAAGAAAGCCGACAUGUCUGUAUUGGAUAUCAGUGGGAUUAUCAUGAAACAAGUGAGAUCCUAUGAACAUGGCGUAGGCUACCAGAUGCUGGGAAAUGCAGUAACUGUAGCUGUGGCAGUCUUCCCCUUCCUCUUCCACUUAUGUCAUCAGCGGGACAUGGAACAGAUCUUUUCACUGACUGGAAAGGAGCUUUUAGCGGUUUUCUGUGGCGCCUCUCCAACCCCACUGCUAUUGAUUUUAUCAACUAUUAACCUGGUGCUGCGAAUCUGCCUCUCAUGGAUGUUUUUCUUCUUGAUGUGUGUAGCAGAAAGGACGUAUAAACAGAGGUUUCUGAUAGCCAAGCUUUUCAGUCAUCUGACCUCUGCUAGAAAAGCACUGAAGUCUGAGAUCCCUCACUUCCGGCUGAAGAAGGUGCAGAACAUUAGGAUUUGGCUAUCUUUAAGGUCCUAUCUGAAGAGAAGAGGACCUCAGAGAUCUGUAGAUGUCAUUGUGUCAUCAAUCUAUUUAUUAACACUGUCUAUUGCCUUUAUUUGUUGUGCGCAGGUUCUGAAUGGACAUAAAACCUUUCUAAGCUAUCUCUAUAACUGGGAGUUCCUGAUUUGGGAAGCAGCUUUGCUCAUCUUUCUCCUACGUCUAACUUCCCUGGGAUCAGAAACCAACAAGAAGUAUAGCAAUGUCUCUAUACUACUGACUGAAGAGAUCAAUCUUUAUUUGAAAAUGGAAAAGAAGCCAAACAAGAAGGAACAGCUCACGAUUGUGAAUAAUGUCCUGAAAUUGUCUUCCAAACUCAUUAAAGAAAUUGACACCCCUUUCAGGCUGUAUGGACUUGCAAUGAACCCUUUAAUUUAUACUAUAACCCGUGUCGUGAUUCUUUCUGUGGUAUCUGGUGUUAUAAGUGACCUUUUAGGAUUCAAUAUCAGAUUAUGGAAAAUUAAAUCAUGAUCUUCCACAGUAGAAGAAAAUAUCUAUGCAGGCACACUGAAUUUGGUGCUGGAACCCCUGGCAUUCACAGGCAAGCUUGGGCAUCUGAGCUGCAUGUUGCAAGCUUUGCAUGAACAGGAACCACAGGAAUAUGUAUUCCAGUCUAGACGUUAUUUCAAAUAUGCCAAAUUAAUUUUUAUAGCAGAAAUUUAUUCUAUUUUAUGGAAAAAAAAAGAAAAUUAUAAAUGUAUUUAUUGAUUUAUAAAGGAUGAGUUUUUUUAAUAUUAAGUACUGUAUUGUAAAAUGUAUCAGGUACACCUCGGAUUAAAAUGUACAUAAUGUAUAAUAAUUUGUUUAACUGAAUGGGUUAGAAUGAAUGGGCAAAACUGCCCAUGUGCCAAAGUGUAUUUUUUUCUUUGUCAGAUGUAGGCCUCAUGCACACUGGGGGCCAGAUUCACAGAAGAAAUACGCCGG